AUGAGCAACCUCAUCUCUGCGGUCUCUUGGGUUCGCAGGGGUGUAGCCGAGCAACACCCCUCAAAAUAUGUCCUCGAUGACAAGGAACUCGAACGUGUAAGCACCUUGGCCCGGAUAGAACUGGAAGAUGCGAAGCUAGAGCUGGAAAGGGCGCAUGAAGCUGCGAAAGGGAUGGGGAAGGGAGCUGAGGGGGAUGAAGGGGACGACGUGGUAGACGACGAUGGCGACGACGCUUGGGUUGACGAUGAGGAUUCGGAGGGCAAAGAAUCAGAGGGCAAGGACGAUGCGAUGGAUGUCGAUGGCGAACCGAACACGCAACCAAAAAAUGAUCCAGAUGAUCUAUCUGCGUACAAACUAGACGAAUACGACGACGAUACACAUUCUUCCAAUCCAGGACCAUUCAGCAAUAUAAAAGGCCUCACGUACUACAAGGACAACGAAGAGGACCCGUACAUAACCCUCAAAGACGAUCCGGAGGACGAAAGGGAAGAACUGGAGAUCUACCCUACUGACAACCUCCUAGUCGUCGCUAAAACCGAAGACGAGAUAUCCCAACUAGAGAUCUACGUUUACGACGAGUCCCAAGAUAAUCUAUAUACCCACCACGAUCUCAUGUUGCCCAAUUUCCCGCUAUGCCUUGAAUGGCUCGACUUCUCUCCCGCACCGAUAUCUACUCCUUCACACACCGCACCGAAAGCAAAUGAGUUGCGACAGAUGGGCAACUACAUUGCUGUCGGCACCCUCGAUCCUGAAAUAGAGAUUUGGUCGCUGGAUGUUGUUGACCCCAUGUACCCCGACUCCAUACUUGGUCGUCCAGACAAGACUGCCGCCCACAUUCCCGUACCUCUUGGAACCGGAAAAAAGAAAAAGAAGAAGACCAAGCACCGCGCUGCCUCUUCAGCAUAUCACGUAGGUGCAGUCCUGAGCUUAUCGUGGAACAAAACGCACAGAAAUAUGCUAGCCAGUGCUUCCGCCGAUCGAACGGUGAAGCUCUGGGAUUUGAGCAGGGAUCCUACUAUUUCCGGAGAGGGUGGAGGUGCUAUUCGAAGUUUUGAUGAUGUGCACAAAGAUACGGUGCAAUCGGUGCAAUGGAACGACAAGGAGCCAACGGUGUUGCUAACUGGGAGCUAUGAUCGUACCGUGCGGACGUUCGACUCUCGCGCGCCAGGUGCUGGUGUGGGUGCUGUCGUUGGGUCUGAUGUAGAGGCUCUGCGUUGGGAUCCUUGGGAAGCACAUGGUUUCUACGUUUCCCUGGAGAACGGUCUUGUAUUGAACUUCGACGCGCGGACACUACCGUCUAACCUCAACGAUCCGUCCCCUGCGCGUUUUACACUGAGUGCACACGAUGGUGCCGCGUCUGCACUGGACGUCAACCCACACAUCCGAGGGUGCAUAGUCACUGGCGGUGCUGAUAAAAUGGUGAAAGUCUGGAAUGUCAUCGAUGCCGAAGAUGACGGUGGUAAGCGAAGUGUUAGCUUGGUUACUUCACGAGAUCUCGGUGUGGGCAAGGUGUUCUCAACAGUUUUCUCUCCCGAUGACCCCCUGACUCUCGCAGCGGGUGGUUCGAAAGCUAAGCUCCAGCUCUGGGAUGUGGGCGCGAAUUUCGGUGCCAGGAAGGCCUUUGGGGCUAAAUUGAAGGCCGCGGCAUCGGCUUUGGCGGCGGCGGCGGCGUCGUCGUCCCCAACGGUGUCCGGGCCUUCGUCCCCCAAUACGGCGACACUACGGUCGAUGUAUAACCGCGCCGCAAAAGCCUUUCUGAACCGAGAUAUUUCACUUACCAACUCCUUGCUGCACUCAGCGUUUUCAUUAAUAUCUUCACCACCCACCUCACCGUCGUCGAAGGCGGACCCCCUCGAUGGUCAGCGACGGAAAUGGGAUAUCCUGCGUAUAACAAUGGAGACAACAUUGUACGCUUCACCCCGCAACCCCACAGACCCCAUACCCCAGGAUCUCCGUGAAUUGUUAAUUCAAACACCCCACUCGCUCGUUCAGUCAAUGUACGCCCGCUCGCUAGAACUAUUUACGCCGGCAAUGGACGGACAGCACAAAAGGGACUCGGCAUAUUUGCCGUCUCAAGUUCUCGUUACUUUAAUUUAUUCAACUCUGAAAUUGGAUUGCCCGGAUGUUGGAAGGAAAUUCAUUGAGGAAUGGCUUGCCCGAUGGGGUCUUAUCGGAUUGGACACCAACGAGGAUGGAGGGUACGACAAAGUCAUAGAACUGUAUUGUUUACAGGUAUUGCCCAAAGUCCAGGAUUGGGCAUACGCAAGAGAGUUCCUUGACUAUGAAACCCAGCUUGCGAAGGAGAAACGAGAGGCUCUGAAGACAUCCCUUCACGCGCUGCACGAGCAAUAUUUGAAAUCACUGGCUCCUCCAGAACCUGUCCCCCUCAAACCGACGGCGAACGGAUCAGCUACUCCAAAUGGAAAUGGGCAUGCUAACAAGCGAUCGCAUUCACCAGCACCGUCCGCAGCAUCGACUUCUUCGUCCCUCUCUACCACAUCUACUCACACAGCUGUGCCGUCAACGCCUCGUGACCUAAGAAACGGCCGCCCGGCCCUCCAGAGGCAACGGAACGGCUCGUCAGCAUCCCUUUCGUCCACGGACUCGACAGCGACAGCGACCCCGCGUAGUCAGCAACGACGUAGCUCAUCGCGUCGAAGUCCAUCACAUCAUAGUAGCUCGCACCGCUCCAGCGUCUCGGCUGUUCUUCCCUUUCGUUCACACAUUCAAACACAACAGCCGGUCGCGGUCCGUCCACCCAGCGCGUAUUCCCUCAUCAAAGCGUUCCUCCAACCGUAUUUCACCACGUCGAAAUUCACCACGUUCUUUGUUCUAUUCAUCAUCUUCCCUUUGGUGUCGUUGUUUUUCCGAGUGAGAGGGCGGCGGAAAUUGGUUGGCCCAGGAUCGAGGGCUAGCGCUGGGAUCGCUACGGCGGACCUCGUACGAAAAAGAUUACAGGCCGCGGAAGGCGCGGGGAUGGUAGGAAGAGUAUGGGGAGAAGUCGUAAGGGCAGUUCUCGAUACUGUGAAGAUGGGCGGCAGUGGGCUAGUAUAG